CUUAAUAGUGGGGUUUCCUAUCACAUCUCCAAAGACGUGUGUGUCCUUUUUUGGGUUCUUAAUGGCGCCAGGGGAUUCUAAACUGGAUUCAGUGGGUGUGAAAAUCCGUCGUCACUUGUAAUUCACAUAAACAGAUAGCACAACAUUAGCACUAUUCCAACACACGCAACUUGAAAGGAAAUACAAUUACGUACUUUUUCUUUGUCUUUUUUCUUAACUCGCCUUGUCUAAGAUUUGAGGCUGCAGGAGCCUGAACUGGCAGCACAGCGGGCAAAGCAGGAGUCAAACUUCGAUGGGGUGAGACUUCACAGGGCACACAAAGACACAAUUUGCUGGUGCUCAUUUAUAUUACUGGCACGUUUUCAGAAACGUUUCGUUCGCGGAAAAUUCUACAACGUGCAGCCGAACUCGGACUACAUCUACUUUAUUCCAGCCAUCCACACUCUACUAACGCCUCUUCCAUGCUAGGAUCGCUGGGAAAAUGGCAUCUUUGGCACCAGUCUAUUCCUGAGCACACUCACCUAUACUGAUGAGCUUAACAUGACGGUCUGGCACCACCCCGUAGAUUUUUUUUAUAACACGCACUCGGUUGUGUGUGUAUGUUAGAAAUGCUUUACGUUUGUACCUUACCAUGCCAAUAAAGUUAGUUGAAUAAAUUUAAAUUGCGCAAGCGCGUUCGCGAGGAAGCGUUCCGUACACGUGCUGUAGUCACCACCCCUCCGUUUAUGGCGCCAAACUGAACACGUCCAUUCAUUGCCGCUGACAAACAGAAGUGACAAACGGCGUGGGCAGCUGCGAAUGCUGACGGAUUCGACAGGCAAUGUCCAAGAAAAAGGGCCUGAGCUUGGAAGAGAAACGAUCUCGCAUGAUGGAAAUAUUUUUUGAGACGAAGGAUGUGUUUCAGUUGAAAGAUAUGGAAAAGAUUGCCCCCAAGAUGAAGGGAAUAACCCCAAUGUCUGUAAAAGAUGUUCUGCAGAGCCUAGUUGAUGAUGGCAUGGUGGACACUGAGAGAGUUGGAACCUCAAACUAUUACUGGGCUUUCCCAAGUAAAGCAUUGCAUGCAAGAAAACGAAAACUAAAUGAUCUUGAGAAACAGAUUGCAGAGGGUGAGCAAAAGAAAACUGCUUUAGAACUUGCUGUAAAAAAGGCAAAAAUGGGUCGUCAAGACACGGACAAUCGAGCUGCUUUGUUAAAAGAACUACAGGAACUGAGGGAGCAAAGGAAUUUGAUAAAAGCAGAAGUAGAAAAAUAUAAGGAAUGUGACCCUGACGUGGUAGAAGAAAUACGGCAGUCUAACAAAACAGCAAAGGAAGCAGCUAACAGAUGGACAGAUAAUGUCUUUGCCAUUAAGUCAUGGGCCAAGAGAAAAUUUGCAUUUGAAGAAAGCAAGAUCGAUAAAACCUUUGGUAUACCAGAAGAUUUUGACUACAUUGACUGACACUUUAAAGCAUUUUUCCCUUUCUACUAAAAACUAAGAUACUCCUACUAUUAAAUUUCUGUUUUUGUUAAUACAACAUCACUGCCUAAUACCAGGUUAAAGCAUACAGUAAGCCAAUAACAUAAGGUAAAAUUAUUUUAAUGUAUAUAUAUUUUUUAUUUUUCAUAUAAUGUAUUAUUUAGAAUUCUUGUAUUGUACAGUUACAAUGCUAUGAACAGCUUUCAAAUGUAUCUGAUGAGGAUUAAAUGCACAUACAGUAUACCUUGUAAACUUUAUUGUAAAUGCUAACAUUGAGCAUAAUUUUGUUUUGUA